UCCUCUUUGCGCCAACGCUCUGGUAGUCUCCGUCGCCAACGCUCUGGUAGACAGCGUCGCCGGCGGCCAAAGAUGGAGAACGCGGUGGUGCUCCGGGAGUGGUUCGACCGCGUCGACGCCGCCCGCACCGGCAACAUCACGCCUCCUCAGCUCCAGAGCGCUCUGGCCGUGGGAAACCUCGACUUCCCCCUCUCCAUCGUGCAGCAGAUGAUCAGGAUGUACGACUUCGAUGGGAACGGCACCAUGAGCUUCGAAGAGUUUUUGGCUCUUAACAAGUUUCUCCAGAAGGUGCAGACUGUCUUCUCCACCCUAGAAAGGGGUCGUGGAUUUCUCAGUCUUGAGGAGGUGUAUGAGGCAUUAAUCAAACUCGGGUUUUCUUUGGAUUCACCUGCCUUCUACACAGUUUGCGAGAGCUUCGACAAGAGCAAGAAGGGGAGGGUUCGUUUGGAUGAGUUCAUAUCAAUCUGCAUCUUUGUGCAGUCAGCUCGUAACUUGUUCAGUUCAUUCGAUACAACCAAGCAAGGGAAAGUGACUUUGGAUUUCAACCAGUUCGUUUACUGCACGGCGAACUGCAGGAUAUAGCCGUAUUAGUUGAAAAUUGUACAUGGAAGACCAUAAAAGAAAAUGUCACCAGCCACCGGACCAGAUUCUAGUUCAACUCAUUGUUUGCCAAAGAAGGUUUGGUGGCACAUAUGGCAGUCUAAAUUACAAGUCAUCAUUUGGUUACAUUCUCCAUGUUCCUCUGGAAUUUAAUACCAUCCAGGGCUGUAUAUACACAGAAAAUGAGACAUGCUCAUGCAUGAUUGUAUGAUUUGUAUCUAGUAACACAGGAAUAAUCCCCAUUGCUUGGACUA